AUUAUUUCAACUGGCAAAUAUUACGGUCACUGCAAGAUGGCGUCGGGUGGAAGAUUGAAAACUUUCGGCGAUAAACCGAAGUCAUUCGCACUUGAAGAAAAUGGAGAAUCGUAUUACAUUGGUUCUGAAGUUGGCAACUACCUGCGCAUGUUUAGAGGCUCUCUGUACAAGAGGUUCCCAUCCAUGUGGAGACGUCUAAUCACAGUAGAUGAACGAAAGAAAUUGGCACAAAUUGCUGGCUUUGGACAACAGUCAUUAGCUACAAACAUUUCAUUACUGAGAGCCACAGAGGUUGAUGAAAUCAUCGAGGGAGGUGGCGACAAGUAUAAGGAAGCGCUUGGUUUUUCAUCUGAACCCAUCAUUAGAAGAGGUGAAUCUAAGCAGAAGCGUUCCACAUGGGUACCAACGGUUCCCAGCACUUCACAUCAUCUGGAUGCAGUACCAUGUUCUACACCUAUAAAUAGAAACAGAUUGGGAAAACCCAAAGUGAGAACCUUCCCAACAUGUUACGAUGACUCAGAUCCGUCACAGAAUCACGAGAAUGCCAACCAGCUGGAGAACCUCGUACCUAUCAGACUGGACAUGGAGUACGAGGGACAGAAACUCAGAGACUGUUUUACAUGGAAUAAAAAUGAAACCUUGAUCUCACCAGAAAUGUUUGCCGAGAUUUUAUGCGAUGACCUUGACCUUAAUCCUGUAAACUUUGUACCAGCAAUAGCACAGGUCAUCAGGUCACAACUAGAACAGUAUCAGAAUGAACAGCCAGAGCCUGUGGAAGAAACGCCUUUUGAUCAACGGGUCAUUUUAAAGUUGAAUAUUCAUGUUGGCAAUAUAUCACUGAUGGACCAGUUUGAAUGGGACAUAUCAGAGCCAGAGAACAGCCCUGAACAAUUUGCUACUAAACUGUGUGCAGAAUUAGGUUUAGGUGGAGAGUUUGUGACCGCCAUAGCUUACAGUAUCCGAGGACAAAUCAGCUGGCAUCAGAAAACAUAUGCAUUUAGUUUGCAUACUGAUUGCAGUGAAACACCCCUGCCUCUUGUUGAAGUGGCCAUCAGAAACCAGAAUGAGUCCGACAACUGGUGCCCUUUCCUUGAGAUUCUUACAGAUCAGGAAAUGGAGAAGAAGAUUCGAGAUCAAGACAGAAAUACCAGACGUAUGAGACGAUUAGCAAAUACAGCACCUUCAUGGUGAACUUCAUGAUGGGAGGAGUCAUUGUGGUAGGGAGCAGUAUCAACCGGCCUAUUCAUAUUGGAACCAUCACUUGUUGUGGCAUAGUAGUUCCUGAGUUUUACAAUAUUUACCUCCCUUGCCAAAAAUGGCAGCCAUUUUUGAGGGAUCAAUAUUCUUUAUAUUAUUGACAGAAUAUGAAAAAAGUCAAUAUAAACAGCUGAUUUAGUCAAAUUGUCAAAUUCUUUUAUACACAUAUGAUAGAAAAUAUUAUUUAAGCACAUAUAUGUGAAAGCUUUUCAUCAGUUUUCAUAAAGAUGAAUUACAAGGGCUUUUUAUCUUAUGUUAGGCAUUAUGCAUGUAAUAAAUUGUGAAUGACCCUCAAAAUGGAGGCCAGGGGAGGUAAUAAUUGCUAUGUGGAAAGCAUUAAUAUUAUAAGAACAGUUACUUGGCUGGAAGAAACUGCAUUAUCAAUUGUGUUCAAAUAUGUUUUAGUGACAGUAUGAAAGGAACUUGAUGU